AUGACUGGUGUAACUGGAACUGAAGAUACUAAAGUAAUUGAAUCGAAAAUCAAUGAAUUAAAUAUUGAUAAAUCUAAACCAGAAAAAACUAAUAAAGUCAAUAAAAGCGAUGAUGUUGAUAAUGAUGAUGUUGAUAAUGAUGAUAAUGAUGAUGAAGAUAAUGAUGAUGAUGAUGAUGAAAUAACUGAAUCAGGAAAUUCUGCUUCUUCAUCAGGUGAUAAAAAAAAGAAAAAGAAUAAAAAUAAAAAUAAAAAGAAGAAAAAGAAGAAAAUUAUAUCUAUUGAUUCAUCAUAUCCUGAAGGAAUUUUCCCUGAAGGUCAAUGGAUGGAAUAUCCUUUAGAAGAUAUAAAUUCUUAUCGAAUCACAUCUGAAGAAAAAAGAUAUUUAGAUCGACAACAAAAUAAUAAAUGGCAAGAUUUCCGUAAAGGAGCCGAAAUUCAUCGUCGAGUAAGACAUAAAGCUCAAUCAAGUAUUAAACCAGGGAUGACAAUGAUUGAAAUUGCCAAUUUAAUUGAAGAUUCAAUUCGAAAUUAUUCUAAUAAUGAUCAUACUUUAAAAUCAGGAAUUGGAUUUCCUACAGGUUUAUCAUUAAAUCAUGUUGCUGCUCAUUAUACUCCUAAUACUGGAGAUAAAUUAAUUUUGAAAAAAGAUGAUAUAAUGAAAGUUGAUAUUGGAAUUCAUGUAAAUGGACGUAUUUGUGAUUCAGCUUUUACUAUGACAUUUAAUGAUGAAGGGAAAUAUGAUAAUAUUAUGAAAGCAGUUAAAGAAGCAACAUAUACUGGGAUUAAAGAACUGGGUAUUGAUGUUAGAUUAAAUGAUAUUGGAGCUGCUAUUCAAGAAGUUAUGGAAUCUUAUGAAAUGGAAGAAAAUGGUAAAAUUUAUCCUAUUAAAUGUAUUAAAAAUUUAAAUGGUCAUAAUAUUGAUGAUUUUAUUAUUCAUUCAGGAAAAUCAGUACCUAUUAUAGCUAAUGGAGAUAUGACAAAAAUGGAAGAAGGUGAAAUUUUUGCUAUUGAAACUUUUGGAUCUACUGGUAAUGGUUAUGUAUUACCUGAGGGGGAAUGUUCUCAUUAUGCUAUGAAUAAAAAUAUACAACAUUUAAAACCUCCAUCAGAAAGAUCAAAACAAUUAUUAGAAUCAAUUAAACAAAAUUUUGGUACUUUACCUUGGUGUCGUAGAUAUUUAGAACGAACUGGUGAAGAAAAAUAUUUAUUUGCUUUAAAUCAAUUAGUUAGACAUGGUAUUAUUGAAGAAUAUCCUCCAAUUGUUGAUAAAAGAGGUAGUUAUACUGCUCAAUAUGAACAUACUAUAUUAUUACAUCCUCAUAAAAAAGAAGUUGUCACUAAAGGUGAUGAUUAUUGA